AUGGAGAAGCCCCAGGGUCAACUGCUCUGCAUUAUGAUGACCGUCACAUGUGGCAUCUCAUAUCUUCUGUACGGCUAUGACCAGGGAUUCAUGUCGGGCGUGUUACUAUCGCAAGACUUCCUCAUAAUCAUGGAGGACCCGUCUACCUUUAUACAAGGUCUUUUGUCGAGCCUUUAUACCCUGGGAUGCUUCUUUGGCUGUGUCAGCAGCAUAUCAUUUAGUGAGAAACUGGGCCGAAAGAAGCCCAUCUUGAUUGGUACACUUCUCAUCUCAGUGGGUGCAGUCAUCCAAACAGCCGCAUAUUCUCCCGCUCAAUUCAUCGUUGGGCGACCUGUGGCAGGGACGGGAACAGGCCUGAACACUUCUAUCAUUCCAGUAUGGCAAGCCGAAACCCUUCCAGCAAAGAAGCGCGAGCGAUUUGGCGCCAUCCAGUACGUUCUUGUCUGCACAGGCACCACCAUCAGCUAUUGGAUGGCGUCUGCGCGUUCAUUUUCGGCAAAUAGUGUCUUUCAAUGGUGUUUCCUAGUCCGGGCGCAGCUUGUUUUCGCAGCGAUGAUAGUAUGCCUUGUGCCAUGGAUGCCGGAGUCUCCGAGAUGGGACUUUGUUCACGGCCACAGAGAGAAAGGGCUUCGUACAUUGAUGAGAAUGCAUGGCACGUCGGACGAACACCAAUGUGAGGUUGAAGCAGAGGCUCGUUUGAUUCAGCAAGCAGUCGAAUUUGAAGCAAUCCACAAAGCGACUAGAUGGGUUGACCUGUUCAAGAAUGAAUCGCGCACGCAAAAUCUCCGACGUCUCAUGCUGGGUUGGUGGCUGAUGUUCAUGGUGAUGUGGUCUGGUGUCUGCAGUAUCGGGUAUUACAUUUCAUACCUGUUCGAAGUCUCCGUCGGCCUCAGUCAUAACUUGUCGCUCCUCCUUUCCGGAUUUAACGGCCUCUGGUACUUACUAUCGGCAUUCGUACCAUUCUUUGUGAUCAAUCAUCUCGGAAAGCGGCGGUGUAUGAUGAUUAGUGCUGCUGGCAUGGGCUGCUGCUUCUUGACUAUGGCAUUGGCGAUCCGGUCAGGCACGUUUGCAGCCUCGAUCAUCUGUAUAAUCGCCUUUUUUCUAUAUUAUACAUUCUUCGCACUGGGAUACCUUGCGAUACCAUGGUUGUACAACGCAGAGAUCAUGCCCCUUCAUCUCCGCUCGCAAGGCACCGCCAUUACGACGUCGUCGAAUUGGAUUUGGAACUUCGCUACCGUCAUGAUGACCCCGUCGCUGAUGAGCCAGCAGGGGUGGAAGGGGUAUCUGGUAUUUACGGUAUUUAAUUUCUGCUUCGUGCCAGCGAUCUAUCUCUUCUAUCCGGAGACUACCGGCCGGCGGCUAGAGGAGAUCGACGCGAUAUUCUACGGGACAUCGGUCCUUGUCGCCCGAACGGAAUGGGCCGAAAAAGGACGGUUCGAUGUCAGCCCGCUUGGAGUCACCCAGGGGCUGGAACCGUCUCAAAAAGAAAUGGUAGGGCCGCACGUGGAGUACGUCAACUCAGUCUCGGAGGAUUCUUAGCCAAGCAAUCGGAUCAGAUUGGGCAUGCGUCGGGUCAAUGGAAUUAUGGAAAGGGUAUUCCAUUGUAUUUCUUUGAUCUGACUCGAAGGGAUAAAUGGAGCGUGUGC